AUGGCCGUCUUGGACAUCCUUGAGGGACAGCUGGCGUUUUUGUCAACGGUCCGUGAGCAUGAGAAGAAGCAUGCUGGAUGUCGCCUUUUGCAGCCGCCCCUGACCUGGAAGUAUGAGUUUCUCUGUUGCUUCCUUGGAGCUCUGAGUGCCGAGAGCUUGGGCUCUCUCCACGAGGAGAUCCGUGUCGUGAGCAAUUUGCGUCACGACCAUGGAGGCAUCGAAGACCAUGUCAAGGCGUCCCUGGAGGAGCUACAGCGGAUGAAGCUCAGGCCGUUUGAGUGGGAGCCACGCAAGUCCUUUGCGUUUGUUUGCGCCAACUCUAAGGGCCGCUUCAAGCUCUGGGUCGCGCCCAAGGCUCUAGUCUUCAAUCGCUUCUUCGAUUGGGACUUCGAGAUGGGGAUCUCGGCUAUCCAGGGACACUCCAGGAUGCCUGAGCAGGUCUCUGAAGCGGCGCGAUGGGAGAGCGUCUCAUCGUGGACCGGUGCAAGCACCUGGGCAUGA